AGAGAGUUAUUAUGAGAAAAAGUAUUCAGAUCAGUGUCAGACUCGAUCCCAACAAAUACAUGAUACUAAUUAGAGAACUAUACCUGAAGAUUCUCGCACAAACAAGGUCCUGUGCACAUUGUCUCAUGUACCUAUUCGCAACUCGAUCACGUGUCUCCCGCAAAGUGGCGGAUCGACAGCGACUUCCCGUCUCACUCGGCACCGGGUCGCCUCCACCGCAGAGGGGGCGCCUAAGAGCCGGGAAGAGUGCGGACAGGUCCAGGCCCGAGGAUAGGCCUCGAGAACGAGAAGAAUGGCAUGUCACCGGAAGAGGCAAGAUUCGAAGAUGCUCCGCCGGACAAUGGUCCGGCAAGAAAGACCAGAGCAAGAAAUGUGAAGAGAGAUCGAAAACUGGUGGAAACGGUUGGCGGAUAUGCUGACAUCAGUAACUAGAGUACAAUCAUGGAUGGCGCCAUGGGCCCAGUCGAUGAGCGUUCGAGCGUGUGUCGUCUCAUCAUGUGAAUCACCUUCUUGCUCGAAUCGAAGUACUGUACCGUAAAACUCACCACCUGCAAAUCCGAAGAAUCUGCGGUCCGUCUGUCGAUAGUUUAUCGAACUCGACCUCGAAUUCGAAGGCGAUCUUUUCUUUUCUGGAUAAUUUUCCGAUUGACGUGUACUUCACACGAAGAUCGACGUGUGCCUCGUCCGCAGCAUGCUCAUCUCGUGGAAGAUCUGAU